AUGGCUAAUGGUCCGGGAAAUUUGUUCGUUUUGUUGGGUUUGGGAAUAGCUGGGAUACUGCUAAUCACCAAGAAGCUGAAAAAGGCUGUGAAACCGGAUUUCGGGGCUUUUGUUGGGAGGCUACAGCUUUUGCCGCCACCUCCUCCUCCUCCUCCCAAGGCCCCUCAUCCGCUCACCGGCCUGACCUUCGCCGUGUCUGACGUGUUUGAUAUUGAGGGCUCCAUAACUGGAUUUGGCAAUUUGGACUGGGCAAAGACGCAUGAGCCUGCAUCCCGGACAUCUUCUUCUGUAACUGCUCUGGUUGAAGGAGGUGCCUCGUGUACUGGCAAAACAGUCAUAGAUGACAUGGCAUUCGGCAUCAGUGGAGAUAAUAAGCAUUAUGAAGCACCAACAAAUCCCACUGCUCCUGCAAGAUUUCCUGGAGGAUCCUCUAGCGGUGCUGCUGUAGCAGUUGCUGCUAGUUUUGUUGAUUUUGCAUUGGGCAUAGACACAGUUGGUGGUGUGAGAAUUCCUGCUGCGUAUUGUGGAAUUUUAGGAUUUAGGCCCUCCUAUGGGACCAUUCCUCAAUUGGGAGUAAUUCCUGUCGCUUCUAGUCUUGACACCAUUGGCUGGUUUGCAAAAGAUCCAAAUGUAUUACGCCUGGUGGGACAUGUGCUGCUUCAGGUUCCUUUUGCUGCCCAGCGUAAUCCCAGGAACUUCAUAGUAGCUGAUGAUUGUUUUUCCUUAUUAAGUUCCUCAGCUGAUCGGAUUACACGGGCUGUGGUAAAAUCCAUUGAGGAGAAGUUUGGAAGACAAGUGCUAAAGCGUGAGAAUCUCGGUGACUAUUUGCGUUCUAAGGUUCCAAGCUUGAAAGCUUUUCAGAGGGAAAAGUCCAACGGUGAACUGAAGUCCUCCUUUUUGCGGCAGUUAGCUGAUGUCAUGCAGAUGCUGCGGCGGUAUGAGUUUAAACAAAAUCAUUUGGACUGGAUCAACUCAGUGAAGCCUACUCUAGAUCCUAUCAUUUUGGCUCAGUUAAGCCAAGAUUCAUGCACUAUGGAAACUGAGAUCGAUAACUGCCAUGCUCUGAGGAGUGAAAUUCGAACAGCUCUGAGUCUCCUUUUGAAGGAUGACGGGAUAUUGGUGAUUCCAACGACUUCUGAGCCUCCUCCGAAAGCUGGUGCAAAGGAAGUUUUGUCUGAGGAUUACCAGUUGCGCACAUUGACCCUAACAAGCUUAGCGAGCAUGUCCGGUUGCUGCCAGGUGGUUGUGCCAUUGGGGUUGCAUGACAAAUGUCCAGUUUCAGUUUCCUUGAUAGCAAAACAUGGGGGCGAUCGUUUCUUACUCGAUACAGUUCAUACGAUGUAUGGUGUUCUCCAGGAACAGGCUAGUAUGGCCGCAACUGUAAAACCAUCUAAAGAAACUCUUAACCAGGAAGCAGCUGAGAUAGCAAAAGAGAAGGGCAACCAGGCAUUCAAGGAGAAGCAGUUUCAGAGGGCAAUUGGUUUCUACUCUGAAGCUAUCAAGCUAAAUAGUAAAAAUGCUACAUACUACAGUAACAGAGCUGCUGCAUAUUUGGAAUUUGGAAGCUUCAACAAGGCCGAGGAAGAUUGUACCAGGGCCAUAGAUCUUGACAGGAAGAAUGUGAAGGCAUAUUUACGGAGAGGUACAGCACGGGAAAUGCUAGGCUAUUACAGAGAAGCAGUUGAAGCUACUUUUCGAGUCCUCACACCCUUUCCUUCUUCUGCAUCUCUACGGUUCCACCGGUGCUGUUCUUCUGCUCCCGUCGUUGAAGACAGUGCGACAACCGCCUCCGUCCUGGAAUCGACUCUGAAUUCAAAUUCCCACCCAUGGCCUGAAUGGGUUGCCUUUGUUGAUAGGUUGAAGUCGAAAGGGUACAUUUCCCACGGAGUAUCUGCGGCGGAGGAAAAUGCCGGCAGUGAUGAUGAUGGUGCUGGUGCUGGCGGUAGCGGUGCUGGAGGAGUUCUUUAUACCGACAUGAAUAUAUUGAAGGAUGCUUGCCUCCACUUUGCUCGUCACCGUUAUGAUAUUAUCAAGUUGUUAGGUCGAGAGGAAAUGCAGAGUCUCGUAGGAAAGGGUUGUCCUAAUCUUCUCAGGAAGGGGGUGAAUUCAGCCAAACGGUUGCGAGCAUAUCUGGGACUUGAUGAAGGACAAGUAUGCAGUGCCUGUGUUCUUCGAGGAUCAUGUGAUAGAGCUAAUUUAACAUUGAACGAAUCUGAAGGUGCAGCAAGAACUGCUGAUCUUGUCCGUCUCUUGUUGCUCUAUGCCUUAGAUCCGCUUGUUAUAAAUGGGGGAACAAAGUACGAAGACAGAAAGUUGGUUGAAGUGUCUGCAAGAAACUUGCUAUGGGAGUUGACUGCACUAAGCGAAACAAUUCCUCCACCUGAUGUCCCCGAGCCUCCUGUCAAAGUUACUCUGAAAAAGAAGUCUGUUAGCUUUGUAAGGGAUGGCGUUUCCUCUGAUGUUGAAAUGAAAAGAGGAGAUUGGGUUUGUUCAAAAUGCAAUUUCAUGAAUUUUUCAAGAAACGUUAGAUGCCGAGAUUGUGGAGAAGAUGGACCUACGGCCACUAGUCCAAGUAAUGUUGAGAUGAAGAAGGGAGAUUGGAUUUGUACCCAAUGCAACUUUAUGAACUUUGCUAGAAAUGUAAGAUGCUUGCAAUGCAAAACAGAAGGGCCUGCCAGGGUUCCAGCUGUGGAGAUUGAAAUGAAAAAGGGUGAUUGGAACUGUUCAUCGUGUGGAUUCAUGAACUUUGCCAGCAAUGUCCGAUGUAAACGUUGCCAUAUUGAACGGCCGAAGAUGGAAAUGAAACCAGGAGAUUGGGAGUGCCCAUCAUGUCGUUUCCAUAACUUUAGAGCGAAUCUUUCGUGCAAGAAAUGCAACCAAGGGCGCCCAGAAGAAUCAGAGACACCGUACCUUCAGACAUGGAAAAAACCAUCAUCACCACUGGGCAGCUGA